AUGAGCGUUGAAGUUGAUUCGUUUGUCGAAAUGGUCAAUCGCUACCGACCCGCAAAUGGAACCGACUUCUGUAUGCGCUUUUUGAAUGACUCAUUAGAUCUUAGCAACGGUGCAACUGGCGAUCCUACGCCUGCAUGGCAAGUGUGGGGUAUUGGGCUAGCGAUGAUUACAAUAAUAAGUGGAUCAUCUGUUUGUGGUAUUUUAUUGUUACCGUUUGUUUCACCUCAAUUCUACGAUCGCACCCUUACCUAUUUCGUUGCACUCGGUGUUGGUACCCUAUCUGGCAGUGCGAUUUUCAAUCUGUUACCUGAGGCUUUUGAUCUGAUGUUAUUGGUGCCGGAUUAUUUGUCUAAAGCAUGGACCGUGGUUGCGGGCAUCUAUUUAUUUUUUGUGGUCGAUAAAAUUCUCAUAGUCGCAUGCGAAAUCAAGGAGCGAUCCUCAGUCAAACCGGACAUGCGAAUGACCGAGAAAGCAAAUGGUAAUGCGGUGGGUGCGAUAACCACGAACAAUACCGCUGAUGGACACGAGGCAAAAACACUCGCACCAAGGCGUUUGUCGAUGGAAUCUGCAAAAACGCAUAUAGCAUCGGUAGCGUGGUUGGUUGUGUUCGGUGAUGGAUUACAUAAUUUUAUCGAUGGCCUCUCAAUCGGUGCUGCCUUCAAUGAAUCUCUAUUGGCUGGGAUCGGCAUAUCAGUUGCUGUGCUAUGCGAAGAAGUGCCUCAUGAACUAGGUGAUUGUGCGAUAUUGAUAAAUUCUGGAAUGUCAACGAAACAAGCACUUUUCUAUAAUCUUGCUUCGGCGAGUACAUGUUAUUUUGGCUUCGUAAUUGGAGUUCUAGUUGGAGAGAUUAAUCACGAGUUUGGACAAUACAUCUUCGCUUUAGCUGGUGGAAUGUUUUUGUAUAUUUCACUGGCUGGAAUGUUAUCAGAGAUCAACAAGAAAGCUGAAGACGAGGUGAAACUGAAUCUACGCUCUGGCAUCAAACUGAUGUUGCUAAAAGCUUGUGGCCUUGCGACUGGUCUCGUUUUAAUGUUUAUCUUCGCACGAUACGGGUCAUUGAUAUCAUUCUGA